AUGGACGUCAUCUGUACCAUUUGCUGGGAAUCGCUCGAGACCGGGCGCAUCUUUGCCACAACCUGCGGACACAUCUUCCACGAAAAGUGCAUCGUAAACUGGACGCAACGCAGCCCUUGCUGUCCCGAAUGUCGCCACGUAACGACGUACCCGAUGCGAUUGAUUCAUUUUACCUGGCCGCAACAGAUCGACACACAGGAGAUGCAAUCGCUCGAAUCGCUCGAGCAAGCGGGCGGUUGUGAGGAAACUGCUCUCGUAGCCAAAACUAUGUCAACGGAGGACAUGUUCUCUGGCUGUGGUGAUGCGGAACGCAACACGCAGGAAAUGGAGGAGCCGCAACCGCUCUGCUUGCAGAAAACGAUCGGCACUGGUUCUAGUCAACGAAGCGAAGAGGGUUGCGGUGUGUGCAAUCGGUUUAACUUCCUACUCGAGAAAGCAAUUAAGCUGCGAAAUCUCGUAAGCGAGCACGAAACGGCACCACCGGCAGGAUCUCUUAGUCCAACGGUAUCGGAAGGUUUGAAGGUGCCGGCACUGCCCGGUCCAAAGACCAAACGUAAACGGCAGCUGUAA